UAUCAUUCUUUUUGUAGAAAAAACAAUAAGACGAACAAUAGAAUAAUAAGACAAUACCCGGUAUAAUAGUUUUUUUUUUAGAGGCGCACACACAGACAGACACAUUUAACGCCUUUUUUUACCUUUUUUAAAAAAAAUAAUUUUGUCAAAUUAACUUUAGUCUACAUCUAAUUUGCUUUUUAUUUCUUAUAGUUAUAAGAAUUAAAAAACGAUAAGAGUAAGUAAAAGCUAUAAAUUAAAGUCAAUUAACGUUGAUAGAAAUAGGCAUCAGUUAUUUCUCAAUGUUGAACCAGUUAAUCAUCAAUGUUGAACCAGUAAUCUUCAACUGAACAAAACGUAAGAGCAAAAAUGUUAAUGUCGUUAUUUUGAAGAACGCGUAUUUUUCAAACUGAAAAAUGAUGUUGCUGCGAUGUAUUUUGCAAUAUAUAAAAGUCUCUUUGUUAUUCCGCGUGCGUUCCCUAAUCGCUCGCUUCUCCAUCUUUAUAUCUGGGACUCAAUUCUGUACUGCCUACCGAUAACUAUCGAUGUCGUUGAGUGUCUUUGCGCACGUAUUUUAAUAUAUGAAAAAAUAUGCGCAAGCGGUCCAGGGCGCGAUUUGAAACGUGGCGCUCUACCUCACUCCUCGGUCAACUUCGGGCGAUUUCGCGCUACGUCGUUUGGCCGCCCGCCGUUCUGGCGUAGUCUGACGUCGCGCGGAGCGUCGCUUAAAUGGAAUUUUAGUUAAAAUCAGUUAGAAUUGGACAUUCGGACUUAUAGUUUCGCGGUCGUCCGUUUUCACGUGUACGUCGUGUUCGUCCCGUUCCUGAGUGCUCGUCAUUGCUUCCAGCGCAAGUUUCUUCCGCUACGUCAAGUAAUAAGACAAUUGAUUGAUUAAAAUGGCGUGCCAAAUCAGGGUCAUCAAGAUCCUGCACUACACAUUUAUUGUCAUUUUCGUGCUAUACGGUCUGGCCAUCUUUUUUUCUGCCGUUUCGUCGGAUACAAAUACCAAUUAUGUCGAAAACCUGGGUGGAAGUACGUCAUCCUCGUCAACUAUGACGGUCAUCGUCAGUAUCGUUAUCAUCGUCGUUGCUUGCCUAGGAUUCUACGGCGCGUAUCGCGAGAAUUAUAAUAUCCUAAUGACGUUUGUAGGUUUGCUCAUAGCGCUCGUGAUCUUACACAUGUUCAUCACGAUCUGCGUGUUUGUUGCAUCGGGAUACAUUGACGAUGUCGAUUUUAAAACGAAGUACCGAGCACACUUUAUUCACUACAACGACAGUCAACAGCAAAGAAAUUAUGUGAAUGUUAUUCAAAAAGGGUUGCAGUGCUGUGGUGUUGAUAAUUCCGACGAUUUCCAAAAGAUCCUAGGUAUUGAUAUCCCAGGAAGUUGUUGCGGUAAAGGGUUUGCGACAAAGUUUACUUGCAGUAAAGACGAAUCUUAUGAAAGAGGUUGCGUAUUAGCGCUGAAAAAGAUCAUACAGACUGUUUUUACGACAAUGGGUGGCAUUGCUAUCGGUAUUGUUGUUAUAGAGAUGAUUGGCGUCGCCUUUGCAUUAUGGUUGGCGAUUUCUAUAAAAAAUUCCGAACACACAAAUGAUAGCGUAUAAAAGUGGAGAACUGCGCAUAGAACGCCGCUUCGCGAGGCAGGCUUUUAUAUGCAAUAACAAUCUUACAGUCAUCUUACUAUAGUCAACGUCUAAUUCGCCUAUAAGAUGUGAUAGAACGCUUGCAUUUUACAGCAAGAUAAAUUAAUUUUUUCAAUUUUUAAGGAAAAAAAGACACAGUCUCUUUUUUCAUUUUCUUUUUCAGUUUUUUUGUGUUACUAGUUUUUUUUCAGUCGUGAUUAAAGGUAAAAGUAAUGUAUUUCCGUUAAAAGUUAUUUUUCUAUUACAAGAAUUUAAUACAGAGUUUGGUGUACGACUCGGUAAUGCGUGUUAUCAUAACUAUUGCCGGGUCUCAGACUUUCUUUUUCAUCUGUGAUAAUGUUUUUAUAUGAUUAUAUAAAUACAUAUAUAUAUAUAUAUAUAUAUAUAUAUACAUAUAUAUUUCUUUUUUAAUGCCGCUUUAAUUCAUGUUUGUACUUGUUCUAGAUAAUAGUUCAAAAAUAAAAAGUCUUCGACAAUUGUUUAAUACGCAUAUAUAGAAUUGUUUCAUAUGAUAGUUAGUCCAUGAACAAACAUACAUCACAAAUUAAAGUACCUUUGCGAGGAUGGAGAUGUAAAAUGGAGGGUGAAAAGCAAAUGAGUAAUAGUAUUUUACAAAGUUAAUAUUAUAUUUUAAAAACAUUUUUUUAUAUGAUGAAUUGUUUACACAAUUGUACCUGCGGAGACAUUGCUGCUGUUAUAAAACAUGGAAUCUUGUAUGUGUCUUUACAUAAAAAUUUACUUUGUAGAGUACAGUAUAGAAAUUGUUUACAAAAUAUCUAUACAUAUAAUAUUUUAUCUUGUAAAAUAGUUUAUCUAAAAAAUUCCGCUCUGUUCGCGAGCGAAUUGAUGUGCGUUUAUGAAAUAUUUCUGCUUUGAAUACGAUAAAGCGUGCAGAAAGGCUAAGCACGGUUCAUGAGAAUUCAUAAACGAUAAAAAUAAAAAAAUGCAAUUUUACCCAGAUAGCAAAAUGUCUCCAAAAUUUCUGCAGAAUUGAUAAACGCUAUUGAGAAUAUUGGUAAAUUAUUAUAAGUAUAUCCGCAAAAUAAAGAAAUUUUAGAUCAAUUAUUAUUAUUAGAUCAAUAAUUGUUCGAGAUAUGUCCGCUUAUAGAGUCAAUAAUUAUUCAUUGAUAAUUCAGAUUUUAAGUUCCAUUUAUUGAUCAAUAACUAAGAAUUAGUAUGGCGUUUUACUUUUCUUAAGGUUUAUUUAAUUAAAAAUUGAUGAAUUAUGUUGUUCUCUACGUCAUGGAGUGAACGUGGAAUUGCCGUUUCUCCACGAUUUGCUAUCUGGGUUAUUUUUUCUAUAAUGUACGAUAUUACCAUUAUUGUUGCUGUUGCUGCUGCUAUCGCUGCUGUUGUUACUGCGAGACAAAAUUAUAUAUGUCCAGUAUUUAUGAAAUAAAAUUGUAUUGUAUUCAUAAAAUAAAAGAGAUAGAAACAAA